UCUAUCUUUCAGUUUUCCGUCCGCGAUUAGCCACUCCUAUCUCGGUAAUACUUAAUUAGUUUUAAUUUCUUAUAGAGGAACCGACGCAAGAGAUGUAGUUUCGUGAUCUCAAAGACUCAAAGUGUUAUAUUUUUAUGGGUUAAGUGUAAGAGAAGUUAGAACGUCACAAUGACGGGGCGCUCGGGCCGUGGUGUGUUUGGCAAGCUGUUUUCCAAGAAGCAAAGCACCAGGGAUGACCGUGUGACGGAGAUCGGCAUGCCUACAAACGUAGUUCAACAUAUACACGUGAGCGUUAACUCCGAAACGGGAAUGAUAGAAGGUUUACCUUCAUCAUGGCUGAGACAACUCAACGCGCAGAUAUCGCCUGCCGAACAGAACGAGAAUCCAAACGCGGCGAUCCAAGCGGUAGCAUUCCACAAUUUCCACGUUUUAAAAAAGGAACAGGCAGAGAAAGAGCCAUGCAAGCCCAUAGUCACAGAGGAAGCAAUAACGAAAGAAGGUUUGGAAAUGAAAAAGUUUUUAGCGAAGAAAAACGCACACCAAAGUCAGGAUUCCGAUAUAUCUAUAGGCCAAAGUAGUGAGGAAGAUGUAGCACCUACAGAUAUGUCACAAAGGCAAACCAUGCCGGCUGUACCAAUAAAAAAUAGUCUUAAAAAGAAAGAUGCAUUGAUGGAUUUGACAGCUGUAGUUGAAGAUCUAUCAUUAAUAGGAACAGAGCCAGAAGAGAGUCCAAUAUUGAGAAAAAAGGAACUGAUGAAUGCCACAUUGACUGAUGAGGAAAUAUAUGAGGAGUUGAAGAGGAUUUGUAAUAAAGAUGACCCGUAUGUUCGCUUUGAGAGGAUCAAACAGCUAGGCGCUGGGGCUUCAGGUGUCGUCUUCAUCGCCAUAGACAGUAAGGACAACUCGCGAGUCGCGAUCAAAGACAUAGAUCUAACCAAACAGUCCAAAAAGGAUCUUAUACUCAACGAAGUUAAUGUUCUCAAAGGUUUCAAUCACAAAAACCUGGUAAACUUCCUUGACGCCUUCCUAUGCUACGAUCACUUAUGGGUGGCGAUGGAAUUACUGGACGGCGGGUCUUUGACUGAUGUUGUGACAGAGGUCGUGAUGAGAGAAGGUCAGAUCGCUGCGGUGUGCCGUGAAACUCUAGAAGCUAUAGCGUUCCUGCAUUCAAAAGGAACUAUUCAUAGGGACAUAAAAUCUGACAAUGUCCUUCUAGGAAUGGAUGGGACGGUAAAGGUUACCGAUUUCGGCUUUUGUGCGAACAUAGUUGGUGACGAGAAACGACAGACAAUGGUCGGGACUCCGUAUUGGAUGGCCCCUGAGGUCGUAACACGGAAGCAAUAUGGUAAAAAAGUCGAUGUGUGGUCGCUAGGAAUUAUGGCCAUCGAGAUGAUCGAGGGCGAGCCGCCAUACAUGAAAGAGGCACCUUUGAGAGCGUUGUAUUUGAUAGCAGCUGUGGGCAGACCAAAGAUUCCCAGAUGGGACAAAUUGUCCGCUGAAUUCCAGGACUUUUUGGACAAAUGUCUCCAAGUUGACGCCGAUGAGAGGGCGACAGCUGAAGAGUUACUAGCACAUCCGUUCUUAGACUGCGCAGCGGAGUUAAAGUCGCUGACGCCAUUAAUAAGGGCCGCACACAAAAUUCUCCACAAGAAUUUCUCUGACUGAAAUGCAUAAUCAAGCUAAAGAUUUGUGUUUUCUUCCAUUCAAUAUUAUGGCCGUCACUCGACUACUGUUCGGGUAUUACUUGCGAAGAUUCCAUGAAUAUUGUGCCAAUUCAUAGCUUCAUCCUCAAUAUAUAUUCAAUCAGAACGUAUAAUAUAAUUAUCUUAUACGUUCUGAACUCUGCUGCCCGAAUACUGUAAAAAAUGUCACACGCUGCAAAUAUUUACAUUUGGUAUUGUAUGUUAUUCGCUUCUACACGGUGACUAGCAUAACUGCCAGGAAAUAAUUCACACGAGUCGAUAAAAUAGCAUUAAAAAUAGCCGCACUUAGCAACUUUGGCUUGUAAUAUUUGUUGAAUAUAUAAAAUGUUGAUUGGGAAGGCCUUUUCACCUUAGGAAAUGCCUUAACUUAUGUAGCAGAUGGCUAUUGAAACAUAGACUCAUUGCAAUAUUUUUUUUACUCUUGUGCAAGAGGAAAACACCAGGCCUUUAAUCAAAUUUAAUUCUUUUUUAAGACAAUUUAAAAAUCUCGUGGUAAUAAAGGUUCAACAUAUAAAGCCUUCGUGAGAUAAUAAUUGAAUUCAAGUUUGAAAUGUACAAAAAAGCCGGAUCUUAUCCUUAUGUUUUUUUUCCUUAUGUGUUUUUGUUUAUCAAUAAGUAUUAGUAACGCAAUAGCAUAAUUUAAAUAACGGCCAUUUACAUUUAUCUCGAUAGUUCAAAUAUUUGAUGAUUGUUAAAAAUAAUAAAUACUUAGUAUGAUCUAGCCGAAAUCAUCGCAUGCAUUGCAAAAUUAACUGUCGGAUUUUAGCAUUCAAAAUCGAUAAGAGUGGCAUAGUUUUCUCACGGUGGUAAUGCUAGGCCUCAUAACAUUUCAACACCACAUUUGCUAGCGUGUGAAAGAGACAAAGAGGUUCGGUUCAAUUAAUAUUUUUACUUUCAUUUCGGCGUGCAAAUUCCUAUAAUUAAUAAGAAUUUGAAACCUUUAAAAUUGCUGCGCCCAGCAAUAUUUAUAACAAUAGUGUAUAUUUUUUGUAUGGCAUUUAUUUUAAAGUACUGAUAUUUUCAUUGAACGUGUGAUAAAAUGCCAAUUAUAUGUGGCAAUAAUAUUUUUGUAUUUUAGUAAAAAAUAAUGAAGUGUUCCGUACAUGACUUUGCGUCCAUGUUUUACAAAACUGUUCUUCCAUCUCACAAAGACCUUUUGCCCAAUGUUAAAUUUCUUUUGCUAGACGUACUUAGAAAAUGGAGAGUGAGUGACUAGUCAACCUUUUUGCAUUCAUUUGCAAGUCACUGUUCACAAUAUCGACAGAAAUAUUUCAGUCCUCAAUUUGGACAGAUAAUUUAAUGGAACUAGAUUUAAAAAAAAUGUUACGUAGUGGAACCCAGUUGUAAAAUCUGUUUCUUACAUGCCUCAUUAUGUAAACAGUCUUUGAAUUACUCUUUAAUAUAAAGAUCGUUUUGAAAAUAAUUCAUA